AUGUCCCAAACUUUCUUCGGCCGUGUCAAGAGCGUGCUUAGUGGCGACACGCUGAUAUUGACAAGCACCAAGAACCCCAACAGUGAACGCACCCUGUCUCUCGCCUAUGUCACGGCCCCUCACUUGAAGCGCGAGGGUGACGAGCCUUUCGCCUUCCAGUCUCGCGAGUAUCUUCGAGACCUCGUCCUCGGACAGCUCGUUCAAGCAACUGUUCUGUACACAAUCCCUACUUCCGGCCGAGAAUUUGGUACUGCCAAACUUAAGGAUGGAACCAUGCUGCCUGAUGAGCUUGUUAAAGCUGGCUGGCUGAAGGUCCGCGAGGAUGCUGGUCGGAAGGAGGAGUCGGACGAGGUGCUUGACCGCCUUGAGGCACUUCGCCAGCUCGAAAAUAAGGCCAAGGCUGAGGACAAGGGACUCCACGUCGGGGUUGGUGGUAUUAUUGAGGUUCAAAAUGAUCUCGGUGGCCCUGAAUUCUUGAAGGAGUGGAAAGGCAAGACAGUGGAUGGUAUUGUUGAGCGAGUUCUUAGUGGCGACCGCGUAUUAAUGCGGCUCCUGCUCUCCGAGAAGAAGCACGUUCAGCCCAUGACACUGAUUGCAGGUAUCCGAACGCCUGCCACCGAACGCACACUUCCCUCUACUGGUACCACUCAGCCGGCCGAGGAAUAUGGAAAUGAGGCUAGAUCAUUUGUUGAGUCAAGGAUGCUCCAGCGUCGGAUUAAGGUUGAGAUCGUUGGUGCCAGCGCCCAAGGGCAGCUUGUUGCCUCCCUUAUCCACCCCAAUGGAAACAUCGCCGAGUUUCUACUCCAAGAAGGUCUUGCACGAUGCAAUGACUUCCAUUCUAUUAUGCUGGGUGAAAAAAUGGCGGCUCUCCGCGCUGCUGAGAAGCAGGCGCAGUCCAAGAAGCUCCGGCUUCACAAACACCAUGUUGCUAAAACUGAGAGCGGAAACCAGGACGCAAUUGUAUCCAAGGUCAUUGGUGCCGAUACCAUUCUCGUAAGAAAUAAGGCCGGAACAACAGAGAAGCGCAUCAACAUCAGCAGUGUCCGAGGGCCCCGUACUACAGAGCCUUCAGAAAGUCCUUUCCGAGAAGAAGCCAAGGAGUUUCUUCGUCAAAAGCUGAUUGGAAAGCAUGUGAGGAUCAGCAUUGAUGGUAACAAGCCCGCAACAGAAGGAUAUGAGGCUCGUGAAGUCGCCACUGUCACCGAAAAGAAUACCAAUAUCAACCUUCUCCUGGUUGAGAACGGAUGGGCGUCAGUCAUCCGACAUCGAAAGGAUGACACUGACCGAGCCCCUAAUUAUGAUGACCUUCUCGCUGCCCAAGAGAAGGCUAAAGCGGAGAAGAAGGGCAUGUGGUCAGGCAAGCCUCAGAAGGCAAAGCAGUACACCGACCUCUCCGAGAACACACAGAAGGCCAAAAUCAUGCUGGCUACCCUACAACGACAAAAGAAGGUACCUGCCAUUGUCGACUUCUGCAAAGCUGGUUCUAGGUUCACUAUCUUGAUUCCACGAGAGAAUGUAAAACUCACAAUGGUUUUGGGUGGAAUCCGCGCCCCUCGAGCCCCCAGGGCCGAUGGCGAAGGUGGUGAGCCUUUCGGCAAGGAGUCCCUCGAUCUUGCCAAUCGUCGAUGUAACCAGCGCGACUGUGAGGUAGAUAUCCAUGACAUGGACAAGGUGGGUGGGUUCAUUGGUGACCUUUAUAUCAACCGAGAAAACUUCGCCAAGGUCUUGGUCGAAGAAGGUCUCGCAUCUGUUCACGCUUAUUCUGCGGAAAAGUCUGGUAACGCUGCUGAGUUAUUUACCGCCGAGAAGAAAGCCAAGGAGGCUCGGAAGAACUUAUGGCAGGAUUGGGAUCCCUCACAGGACGAGGAGUACGAGGAAGAGAACAAUGCUGAAGUUGCCCCUGAAACCGAAGUCUCUAUCGACAAGAAGCCCACCGACUACCGCGAUGUCAUCAUCACUAAUGUUGACGCGAACGGUAAACUCAAGAUCCAAGAGAUUGGCAAGGGAACAGCCGCUCUUGAGAGCUUGAUGAGCGAAUUCCGAAGAUUCCACCUUGAUUCCAAAAACAGCAACCCUCUCAAGGAUGCUCCAAAGACCGGAGAGUACGUCUCAGCCAAGUUCUCUGCUGAUGGUCAGUGGUACCGAGCCCGCGUGAGGGCCAAUGACCGCAGUGCCAAGAAGUCUGAAGUUGUUUAUAUCGAUUACGGCAACAGUGAGAAGGUGCCCUGGUCUAAUUUACGAGGGCUGGAUCAACCCAAAUUCGGUGCGCAGAAGUUGAAGGCUCAGGCCGUUGAUGCCUCUCUGUCAUUUGUGCAACUUCCUACCGGUGCCGACUAUUUCCAAGAUGCUAUCGAUUUCAUCUACGAACUCACUGAGAAUAAGCGACUUGUUGCCAACUUCGACUUUGUGGACAACAAGGAGAACCUGAGCUAUAUCACAUUGUAUGACACAGGAUCCUCAGGAGAACUUCCCGGACCCAAUGACUCUCUCAACAAGGAAGUUGUUGCCGGUGGGUACGGCAUGGUUCCUAAGAAGCUCAAGGCUUGGGAACGUAGUAAGGCGUUUGAGUCUACCCUCAAAUAUCUUAAGGAGGUUGAGAGCCAGGCAAAGGACCAGCGCCUGGGUAUGUGGGAGUAUGGAGAUAUCACUGAAGACUAA